UUUGGUGAUCUUUGAGAAUAUAUAGUUUGUUUUAUGUAUCUAUAUGCUUACAUGCAAAUUACAGAUCUGGUUGUUAGUAUUAUUAUAUAUAUACAUAUUAUGUGAAUAUUUAUAUGUUUGUCAAUAUAUGUUGACUUAGUUUCUUGGAAGUAUUGUUGCUUGUUCAGGUAGAAAAUUGAACUGCAGCUAGUGUUUGUUUGCUUGUUAAGAAUCGAGUUUUUUUUUGUGAUUUCAUGGCGGCUUUAUGGAAGAAAAUAUGUGGCCUAGAAGCUCUCCAAGAGACUAUCCGUCUCGAGAUGUGGCUGUAGCUUCGCCUACAAUCUGGGUUCGACUCUUCGUCAAAGGAGUACCACACCGAAUAUGUGUGUUGAUUUGAAUUAGUGUUCCUGGCGAUGGCGAGUUCAGGGGGGAAAGAUAUUGACCCGUUGUUGAAGGAUCUGAAUGAGAAGAAGCAGAGCUUCCGGCGAAACGUCGUGUCGCUGGCGGCGGAACUCAAGGAGGUUCGGUGCCGUCUCGCUUCUCAGGAGCAGUCUUUUGCUCGCGAAACCCUAACGAGACAGGAAGCCGAGACAAAAGCCAAGAACAUGGAGGACGAGAUGUGUAGACUGCAGAAGAGUUUGGAGGAAAGAAAUAGGCAGCUUCAAGCACAAUCAUCAACUGCCGAACAGCAUCUGAAGGAGUUGGAUGAUCUGAGGUCCCAGCUUUUAGCCACUCAAGCAACUGCAGAAGCAAGUGCGGCAUCAGCUCAGUCGGCUCAAGAUCAGUGUUCGACACUGUUAAAGGAAUUAAAUGAGAGGAAUAGUUCGUUAAAAGAGCAUGAGGUUCGUGUUAUUAGGCUGGGAGAGCAGUUAGAUCUUCUGCAGAAAGAUCUUCAAGCAAGAGAAUUCUCUCAAAAACAACUUAAGGAUGAAGUUUUCCGAAUCGAGCAUGAUAUCAUGCAAGCCAUAACCAAUUCUGGAGCAAGCAAAGAUUGUGAACUAAGGAAAAUAUUAGAUGAGGUUUCUCCAAAAAACUUUGAAAAUAUUAAUAGGCUUUUGACCGCAAAGGAUGAAGAAAUAGCCAAACUGAGAGAUGAGAUCAGGAUGAUGUCUGCUCACUGGAAGCUCAAAACCAAGGAAUUGGAAUCACAGUUGGAAAAACAUAAGAGAACGGAUCAAGAGUUAAAAAAGAGGGUAAUGAAGUUGGAAUUCUGCUUGCAAGAAGCUCGGGCUCAGACACGGAAGCUCCAAAGGAUGGGUGAGCGGCGGGACAAAGCUCUUAAAGAACUCAGGGACCAGCUAGCAACAAAACAGCAGGGUCAGGGUAGAGAUGCAGGUGCAGAGAAGCAGAAUUUCUGGGAAACUUCUGGUUUCAAAAUUGUGGCUUCUAUGUCCAUGUUGAUAUUGGUCAUGUUCUCGAAGCGGUAAAUUAGUAUUAGUUUGAUAUCCUUGUACAAAAUAUCAACAGUUCAUAGGAAGUCAGUAUCCGGAGAUGAAAGAAAGCGGCGGGAGAUGCCAUUUUCUUUGUAGAAAUACUGGUCUGGGGGUCUGGAUCUUCACAGCUGUUUAUGGGCAAUUCAUGUGUCCCAGCAGAGACCCUUUUUUUGUUGCUCCAAAUUUUAAGUUGACUUUAAUGGCUUUGGUUCCAAUGAAAUCAUCUCCAUACGGUUUGGUUAGCUAAA